AUGGAUCCCCAGCCCGCGAAUCCUCCAAACGACACCGCCGCAGAGGCGAGCCCAGCCCGCGAAGUCCACACCGAGUUCCGAUACCUAGAAGCCUACGAAGACGUCUGCGACAGAUGCGACCUCUUCAACAUGCAGAAUGCCAUGUCGCAGUGUCGAUCAUGUGGAUGGCGAGAAUGUCGUGCAUGCACGAUCGAAACUGGUGGACGUCGAACCCAUCGGGUCCAAGGCAGGACGCAUUUCUCACCCGUUAAUGUAACUGAGUUACUGGCCCAGGCGACUGCUGAUCAUGAACAGAGAGUGGCGAGACUAGGGGGAUGGAUGGCAAUGACUAGAGGGAGGGGUCGUGCCCGAAGAUGGAUAUAUACUAGUAGAAGGAGGGAAGAGGAACAGCAUAGAGGGAGGGGGAGGAGAAACCGACGAGGGCGCCGGGGGAAUCGCCAACGUUGUCAAGCACCAGCACCAGCACCAACCCCUGAAGCUACCGCUGCUCCGUCCCCGGCAGCUUCUCCUAACACUGAGGAAGCAAUAUUGAAUGAUGCUCGAGCUCCCGAAACAGCAGAAGGUGCGGAGAUGCUGUAUGCUUUGGGCCUCGAAGAUUCUGCUAGUCGCAGAAGUGAAAGUGAAUCCCCUGCCACUGAGGAAGAGAGACGAACUAUACGUGCUCCCUUUCUCAUCCUGGCGAAACGUGCCCGCGAAGAAUUCGAAACCCAACAGACAGACAGGGCAAGUGAGGAGUGA